AUGCUGUCCUACGUCCACCUCUUCAUCUCCAGGGCUGGAGGCUUCAAAAUCCCCAAGGGCCCACUGUCCGAGGCCCAGGCUGAGGCCCUCUUCAAACCAAACAAGGCCUACAGCCUCAACUGCCUCUUUGCUCCGCUCCCCAUUGACGUCUUUUUCUGCGGCGUCUUUACCAUCAUGCUCAUCCGCUAUUUCGAGUUCCACAGCAAGGACGGCUGGUGGAUCAAGGGUGUGGUAGUAGCCUCCGCUAUCCUUGCCUACGCGUUCACUGCCUACAACAUCUUCUACACGUCCUGGCUGUUUGUCGAGAAUUUUGGCCUCUACGCUCAGUUCGUCAGCCCACACUACGAGCCUUGGAUUCCCUUCCUGGACGCGUUCACGUCUGGUAUCACCCAGACCUUCUUCGCGCACAGGGCUUGGCGCGUGACCAAUCGCAAUUGGUUCAUCUUGGUGAUCCUCAUGGCUCUCAUCCUCGCAUCGGUUGGAGCGGCGUUCUCGCAGGCCAUUAUCAUGGCCACCAGGUAUGGUAACCUGCUCCAAGCCGGCGCAGUUCGGCCAUCCAUUCUGAUCUGGCUCUCCACCACCAUGGUCGCUGAUAUCAUUAUCACGGGCGCGAUUGCGUAUGGUCUGUUCAAGUCUCGCACGGGUUGGCGCCAGACAGACCGGCUCCUUUUCCGCCUCAUUCGUAUGACGGUGGAGGCACAGCUUCCGCCGACGGUUAUUGCUAUCACAAUGUUGAUCGUUUUCAUGACCAUGACGACGUCCCUGAUCAUGUACCCGUUCCAGGGAGUCUUGAGCAAGCUUUACUCUGUUGGUCUGCUGUACGCCCUCAACUCGCGCACGACCUUCAAGAAUGAAGCCUCGGUCAUCACUGUGGACACAUCCAAAGCUGCAUUCAGCUCGCGCCACGCCACCAACGCCAUUCAAGUCAGUGUGGAGACGGAGACGUACGAAAUGCGUGCUGCCGAUGUCCCCAAGCACAACAGUCUUACUCGUGGCCACUCCGACCUGGAGGAGCACAUGGACGACACCAAAGACAUCACGUUGUCCAAGUCUGAUGCGGAUUCGAAGACCGAGGUGGCUGAUAGCGAGGUGGUUGACAGCGUCAAGGGAAGCGUCAGCAGCAGCCAGGCGGCGCUCAUCGAUCCCGCCAAGUCUGCCGUCACUCCUCCCCACGCCGCCGCCCUUGCUUUUGUUGUCACCGAGGAACCCGUCUGA